UCUCUUUGAAUAAAUAUUUAUUGUUUAUUUGAACAAUAAAAUAUUCUCACUACUAAAAUGGUUUUAAACUGUGUAAUUGAUUUCAAAGAUAAUCCAUUUGGCAUUUACUAUGCGGGCCAAGUGAUUUCUGGCAGUGUAUCUUUGAAUUCCGAUGAAGAAAAGCUAGUCAAUGCUAUAAUUCUAAAGAUAAAGGGCUUUGCCAUGACAUAUUGGACAGAAGAUGAAACUGAUGCAGACAACAAGACCACAGAGGAAACUUAUAGUGGACACGAGGACUAUAUUCAUUCCAAAGUUGAGCUCUUAGUAGCUGAAAGAACAAAAGUCGCCCUUGCGCCUGGCACCCAUGUCUAUAAUUUUGCCUGCCAAAUCCCCGCUGUGUGCCCCUCGUCCUUUGAGGGCACUCACGGUCGAGUGCGCUAUACGGUUAUCGUUAAGGUCAUAAGGCCCUGGAAGUUCGAUCUGACCUAUUCGCGUCCCUUUACCGUGCUGAAAGUUAUGGAUCUCAACAGGGAAGGUCUUUUCCUAAGCACACCUGCCCAGUCGGAGGAUCUGAAGACCUAUAACUGCUGGCCCUGCCGCUCGGAGCCAUUACGGCUGCAAUUGUCGCUGCCGCAUCGCGGCUUUGUGCCUGGCCAGACGAUACCUGUGGGCGUGCUGAUCACGAAUGACAGUCACAUAGGAGUGGAGCAGAUCGAAGUCAGUUUGGUGAUGAUGGUGCUCUACUAUAGUCAGCACAGUGUGGAGACAAUCAGCGAGCGAUUCGUGGUCAGCAAGAAGCAGGGCGAGGGCGUCACCAGAAACUGCAAAAAACAGUUCAUCUUUGACCUGCCCGUGCCUGCAACACCACCCACCUGCUUCGACUUAUGUCGUAUCAUACAGAUUGCCUAUCAGGUGGCCGUAGAGACAAAGGUUAAGGGUUGGCACCUCAACGAACGGGUGCACCUCCCCGUGACCAUUGGCAAUGUGCCAUUGAGCAAGCAACUGAUCCAACAGCCGCGCUCCAUGCCAGUGGAAGUCGAGGUUGUUGCCCAGCAGCUGGACGAGAAGGCAUUGGUGCUGCUGGAUGAGGCCGCAGCUGCUGCUGCUACACCCACCGUCAAUCCCUGGGCAGCGGAUGCUUCUAUUGAUCCGCCCAGCUACGCAGAGGCAGUGCACAUACGCGCCGGACCCAUUAAAUCAAACGUUAAGCCCGCAGCCAACAAGCCGAGAAAGAGCCAACAGUUCAGUCCCUCGACAACGCAGACCAAGGAAAAUUGCGCCUUUACGCCGCUCUACGCUGUGUUCCACAUAAACAAUCAAACGGAGAAUGCGAAAAUGGAAGAUAUUGAUCGUAGCACCUGGAUCUGAGUACGAAAGAGAAUUGUUUAACUGAAAACUGAAUUGUAAAUAAAAGCGAGACCUUCGUUUAGAUUUUAGUUUAAAGAAAAUGCUAUUUUGUUUGGGUUUUUGUUUUCGUCCAAUUGCUAAGCAAAGCAAGCCUCAAUAAAGGUUCUUUACAGUCCCAC